CAAGAAGAAGAGUUUGUAUCGCAUGUGGAUCGCACGUGAUAUUUGCAUUUCCUUAAGAUUUAGUUUUUGACCUGCAUAUUUACGACUGUAUAAAUUAAAUAAAGUGAAUAGUGUAUUGAUUAAAUUUAACAAAUGUGUUAAGAUAAUCUAUUGGAACAAAAUGAAGAACAAACCAAUUCGUCAUAAGGAAAUAAACACUUUCCAGUUCAAACCGUUCUCCAAAAGAGUGACGGAAAUUGAUGUCGAUGUCUUUCAUCGUGUGACACAUAUAAAUGAAGAUGAUCCUGAAGAAGUUGAAACGUAUUUUUUUAAAACUCUGCAAAAAUGGAAUUUUCUUAACCUAACAGAUGGUUAUUCGACUUUUAAGAAGCAAGUACGGGAUAUAAUCACAUUGCCGCAGUUACUUCAUAAGAAACAAUACAUAAUCGACAUACUUAUGGAAUAUCUAAAAAAACGGGAUCCUUCAUUUUUGCAGCCGAUUCUAGAGUUAGUGGUAGCUGUAGCAAGAGAUCUUCAAAAAGACUUUUAUGAAUAUUUUCCAGAAUUCUUGUCUGAAAUAAUUAAUUUGUUACAAACAAAAGACAUCGAGCAAAUUGAGCAUACAUUUAUGACUUUGGCAUAUCUGUUUAAAUUUCUCUGGCGAUAUUUAGUAAAAAAUAUAAGAACUGUGAUCAAUUUAUUGCUACCAUUACUGGCUGAUGCACAACCAGUCUAUAUAAACAGGUUUGCUGCUGAAAGUUUCGCAUUUGUAGUUCGCAAAAUCAAGGAUAAAGAUUCCUUCCUAAAAUUAGUGUUACAUAUUUUAAAGGAUAAUGCAACUGGAGUAACAGGUUUUGGAAGAUUAUUGUUUGAAGUUGUAUCUGGUACUUCAGGGCAAUUUCACUCUUGUGCCGAGCAAAUACUAUUACUUUAUUUUAAUGCUUUGCAAGAUGACUCUGUUAAUCAAAAGCUUACUUAUGAAUUAUUGAAAGAGAUUGUAAGUUGCAUAUUAGAAAAUUUAAAUCCACAAAAAUGUGGUAUUAUGUGGAACGUUAUAUUAAAAGUGAUAGAUUUGUUUGUUGAAAAAUUGAAGUAUUCUAAGGAGGAACAAUCUUUAAUUCUAUUUCUGCGUCUUAUACAUAUCAUUAUCAGUUAUAAAAAUGGAAAAUUUCUAAUUGAUGCCAUAUCUUUAAUUAAAAGAUUUGCUAUUAUAAUAGACACAUUAAAUAAUGAUAUUAAUAUCUUGCAUGAAGUUAUGAAUGUGUCUGUUGCCAUUCUCUUAGCAUCCAAUGUAAAAUUGACACAGGAAAAUUCGAGUCAACUGUUAUUGAAAAUUUUAACAGUGAACAAUAUAGAAUUAUUGUAUGCUGCUGUUGAAAAUUUAAUACACCAUUCUUCCUUUGAUUCUUUAGUAUUACCGCACAUAAUGCGACACAGCAUUUCUAUUGGAUUUGAAAGUAGAACGUUACUUCUAUUUACUAAAAUAAUUCUUGCAAAAGCACCACCUUGCCUUAAUGGUACAACUUUGCACAAAUGGAGGAAAUAUAUUUUAGAUAUACGUAAUAUUAGAGUUGAGAGUAUUGAUUAUCUUUUAAAAGAAUUGAGGACAUUAUCUACUGAUAUUGUUUCACUGGAUGCAGUGAGGAUUUUGAUAAUCUUAUCACACUUAAAACCAUUAUGUGAAACAUUUAAGAAUGCGUUAAAAGAUGGGUUGUUAUUUUUAUAUAAAAAAUUAUUAGCUAAUAACGCUGAUACUGUAUAUGUUAAUAAAACUAGUUUUAUAUUUUUAUUAAUGCUGGAAACAAUAAUACAUAUAUCAGAAUCAAGCGAUCUUCAUGAUUUUUUGGUGCAAUUUGAUAUAAAAAUAAUUGAUCUUAUUAACAAAUAUUAUGAAAACAAGUAUAUAUUAAACGCAAUAGAUUUCUGUUUAACAUAUUUUGCUAAGUCGCAGUAUCAUGCUUUCUAUAUUAAUUCUGCAUCAUUUGACAUAUUAAACAACAAAAUAGUGAAAAAAAUGAAUUCACCUUACAGCAAUAUUCGAUUAAUUGUAACGCAUUUGUAUUCUUUGUUUUCCAAUGUUGAAGAUUUGAAAAAAUACUCAAGGCAAGAUAAUGAAAAAAAUGCUAUGGAACUUGUCUAUUUGGCAGAAUGUGAAUUGGUGACAGUGCAAAAUUACCGUGCCAAGUUGUUGCAUUUGCAAGCUUUAGAAUUUCAAAGUAACGCUGUAGCUCAUUUAUAUCCGAAGUAUUACGAAUUUCCAUUAAGAUACUUAAUAGGCAAUUUGUAUGUGAAUUUUUCUUUACUUUGGCAGCCUGUAAGUAUAGUCAUAGCCAGUUAUAGUAACAAGAAAUGCUCACAGUUCUGGCCAACGUUUCUGGCCGAAUUAACAUUCAAUAAUGUGUCAGAAAUUGAGUGGAAACCAUCGUUUGAUUGCCAAGUCAUUUCGUCGUUAGAAAUGCUGGUGGAAAAGCAUAACGACAAACCUGAUUUUGAAAAUCACAAGAUUCUUCUUUGGAAAUGUAUGACUUAUUUCUCACAUUAUGCUGAGAUGAAAAACAAAGAUUUAACCGGAUUAUUUAUUGAUUUUGUAAAUACCAAUUUUUUUAAAUCUACCUCUGAAGAUGGCAAAUAUUGUAAUAUUGAGAAACGUAAGGAAUCAAUCAAUAAUGCCGAUGCAGAUAACGAUACAGACAUCGAGAGCGACAAAGAAAGUGAUGAAACAGCAAAAACUGUGCAAACUAAGAUGAAGAAUAGAAGUUACAAAGUAAAACUUUUACUCGCACAGUUGGAGAUAUUUGAUAAAAUGCUAAAUCCGAAAAUGUUACACAGAGAAGUUGAAAUGCAGCAGAUCUAUUUGGAUUUACUUUGUUCGAAAAAUUCCGACAUACAGAAAGCAGCCUUAAGUUGUCUCUUUGCAUAUAAAUAUAAAUAUCUCUUGCCGUACAAAAGUUCUCUGUAUAAUUUAAUAAAUGAGAAAAAUUUGAAGAAUGAACUCACGCGCUUUAAACUGGAUCAAGAAAGUAACAUGAUAGAAGAAGAGCAUCGUGAGAAUCUCAUACCCAUCGUAAUGAGAAUUAUCUAUGCAAAAAUGAUGACGAAGACAGGUGUAAGAACUGGCGGGAAAGCCAGUGGAUAUACGCGGCGAAAGAUCAUAUUACGCUUUUUAAGCGGUACGCAGGAAAAAGAAAUGAUUGUAUUUAUUAAAAUGGCUUUCAGAUCUUUCAAAUCGUAUACGUUGCUGGAAACGGAUGAAGCGUUUAAUUUACAGCAAUACAUCGAGAAUAUCAUCAAUACGAUCGAUUUAAAUAACGUUGUACCACCUAAACGCAUGCAAAGCACUGUGAAUCUAUUGGCGAUAAUAAUCGAACAGUUUGGCGGAAAAAUGUCGACCGAAUUAUUACCUCGUUUGCUCAGAAUACUGAUUUGUAUUUUGGCGGAAGUGACUGGAAUCUUGCAGAGAUCGGAAGAGGUUUAUUCAGGAUAUCUACCAGUAAUUAAGAACGUGAAAACAAGUUGCAUUAAUAUGCUGGCUCGAUUUUUCACGCAUUUUGAGGACUACAAUUGGCAGCAGCAUGAAAUGAACGCGCUUUAUCAUGUUGCGAUAUUUCCUUGGUUGCAUAAGUUACCUAUGGAAGGUAUACAUAGUCCUACGGCCUUGUUGAAGCUAUUUAUGGCAUGGGGUCAAAAUUCGCGGUAUUAUCCAUUGUUCAUGAGGCAUCAAGAAAAUGAUAAGUCGAUCAGUCCUCUCCCUUAUAUUAUGCAACUCCUUUUAAAUCCCAAAACACAUCAAUCUGUUGUUAACGCUAUUAUGGAAAUUGUCGAAAAGAUGUUAACGUUACAAGAUUACGGAUGCUGUAACGAAGAUGCGAUGCAAGUGGAUGUACAGUUCUUACCGCUAAUACCAGUACUGACAAACCUACUCGAAGUGGAGAAGAAAGUGUCUUCAAGCGGAAUUAAUUACGGUUCCGCCAUUCUUCUACCGUAUGUCCCUCAUAUUUUGCAGUUUAUCAAGAAUAGGUUUAAAGGAUUCAAUAAAGGUGUAAACAAAACCGAAUUGAUCAUAUUGUCACGUAUCUCUGAAUUUGUCGCAGACGCCGAAACGUGUGAAAUGUUAUUGAAAUUGUUAUUACCCAUAUUAAUCAAGAAGGCUACAUUUGGUAACAACGAAGAAGUUAUUACGAAACUAUUGACGACCGUUACAAAUCUCAUAAAAAUUGUGGACAAGCCAGAGACUCAUGUGCGUUCUAUUGCACCGCUCGCAAGCCUUUUGUCAGAUUUGUCUACUCGCAAACUCUUUCUACUAUUAUACAGUAUUAUUGCCGAGAGAUCCUCAGAAGAGUUUCAUGAAACAAUGACGCGAGAUUGCGAUAUUUUGACUAUGCUUAAUGCAUGGGAUUACAAGUGGAUUGACCAGCCCGAUUUUCAGAAAAGAUUGGACGCCUUUGGAAAGAUUAGCACUAUGGUUGAGAAAAAUACAAUCACAUUAGAAUUCGGUGUAAUUGUGAUACACAAUUGCUUUUAUUUCCUCAAGACUGAGUCGGAUUUAGCGAUAAAAGAUUGCUCUGGACAAUGCUUGAAGCUCGUCGUAUCGAAAUUAGCGAAGGAGAAUAAAAGCAAUACUUUAAACAGACGUUAUUUGAUGGAUGACACAAUCCUGGCGCUUACGAGAAAGGGAAUCACUAGCAAGAAUGAGACUGUUCGCCUUCAGUCGAUAGCACUUUUGGGGUAUAUGGCUUUAGAAUGUGCAGACGUGCAUCCUAUUUUACAAGACUUAUCUUUACUUGCUAAUCGGGCUGAUUCCGAAGUUGAUUUCUUCGAGAAUAUGCAACAUUUGCAGUUACACAGAAGAGCUCGCGCAUUACUGAAAUUUUGCACACUCGUUAAAACGUUGCAGAAGCCGAUUAAUCCUAAAACAUUGACACAAUUCAUCCUCCCUCUCUGUUCGUCAUAUCUAUGUAACGAGACGUUUGUUCAUAAAAAUAGCCUUAUUGACGUCGCUAUUGAAACUGUCGGAAUAGUGUGCAAGCUUUUACCAUGGCAUUAUUAUGAGAUCAUUUUGAAACAUUAUUUGGGCAAGCUGAGGAGCUCCACGGAAUAUCAAAAACAAAUUGUUAGAAUAGUAGUCAUGAUAUUGGAUUCUUUCCACUAUGAUCUCUCCAAGUAUAAAUCGACAAAAGAAAUUACGCAAAUUGAAACUUCUUCAACAGAAGAUCGUAAUAUUUUGAUUGACGAAAAAGAAACUACAACGAUUGGGGAAAAUGAAAAGCUUGAGGACACGGAACGAGAAGCUCAAGAGAAAUUAGAGGAAGCAUUAAACGAUGAAAAUGUCGAUAAUGUCGAGGAAGUAAUUGAAAUGAAUGAAACGAUAAAAGAAAGCAUACCAAUAAUUGAUAAACAAAUGCUACUUUCUCCAUACGGAGCAAAGAGAGUGAUAUUUAGUAUAUCGAAGAGUUUAUUACCUGAACUGCAUCGAUCUAUCGUGGCCAGAUCUCAACAAGACAAUAGUCAUAAAAUCAACCGAAAAAGAAUUGCGUCCGAAACGGAGGAAGACGAUCUACUACGCGUUCCUAUUGCUCUUGCAUUCGUUAAAUUACUACAGAAAAUGCCUGAAGAUCUUCUGGAAAUAAACUUGCCAGGAAUUUUUAUGAAGCUAUGUACAUUUCUUAAAUCGCGUAUGGAAUCAGUUCGACGUAUGACUCGUGAAAUAUUACAAAAAAUUAUGAUAACGUUAGGACCAAAGUAUCUUCAUCAUCUUUUGAAAGAAACAAAUACGUUAUUAACAAAGGGUUUUCAAGUGCACGUUCUCGUGUACACUAUUCAGUCUGUACUACUUGCAUUGAAACCUUAUUUUCAGAAAUCUGAUGUUAAUCAUAACUUACAUAGCAUUUUGUCUGUGUGCAAAGUUGAUCUAUUUGGAUUAACUGCGGAAGAAAAGGAGAUAGCCGGAAUUGUUAAAAAAGUAUCAGAGGCUAAGAGCACCAAGAGUUUCGACAUUUUCCAUAUAUUAGCGGAAUUUAUAACGGAAUCUUGCUUAUUGGAUUUAAUUUUACCGUUGAAAGAAGUUCUGGUGAAAACGCACUCGCACAAAACGAUACAUAAAGUUACAGAAUGCUUACGAAACGUAGCUUUAGGAUUAGCAGAUAAUACUUACAUAUCGUUAGAACGAAUACUUGUAUUUCUUUACGGUAUAAUUUCGGAGAACAUACCAGAUCUUAUGAUUGAAAAAGAAAGUAAAAAACUCACGGAAGAGGAAACGAAAACUUUGAUGUGGCAACAGUCCGAUUAUUUCAUUAUACCAGUAGAACCUAAAAACAGAAUGGGUGUUAAAACUGCAGCGAAAACCACCAAACGUGCCAAUGUUCAUGUAAUAAUAGAAUUUGGUUUGAGAUUGUACCAUAUUCUAUUAAAACGGGAUAAAGUUUCCAUAGAAUACAAAUCUUAUUUAGAACCGUUUGUGCCAGUAUUGCGCGAUUGUUUAACUUCUCAACAUGUUAAAUUGUGCACUACAGCGUUACAAUGCUUCAACUGGAUGUUCAAGAUGGACUUGGUUUCGAUACACGCAGUUAUAUCAGAUAUCUGUACCGCCAUAUUCAGCAUUUUGCACAAAUACGCCGUUGCAGGAUUAAGCAAGGGGGACAAUUUCAAUCUCGUAAUGGCCGCAUUCAAAUGCAUGUCCGUAAUUGUUCGUGAUGUGAAGUAUUUCAGCAUCGACGCCGAUCAAUUGAGGAUUCUUAUUUUAUAUGCGGAACAAGAUCUACACGACAGUGAUAGGCAGUCUACUGCGUUUACUUUACUCAAAGCUAUAAUACACCGAAAAAUGAUUAUUCCCGAAAUGCACACUGUCAUGGAGAAAGUAGCUGUGCUGAGUAUCACCUCGGAGCUAGAAUAUAUUAGAUUGCAAUCGCGCUCUGUGUUCUAUUCAUAUUUAAUGGAAUAUCCGCUUGCUAAAUAUUUAGAGAAACAUAUACAUUUUUAUCUCGCUCAAUUGAGCUAUGAAACGCAACCAGGCCGAUUAAGUGCACUAGAAAUGAUUCAUACUAUUGUUACGGGAUUCCCGUUGAAAGUUCUAAUUAGAAUAUCAGGAAAUAUAUUUCUCAUGGUUGGUGCGAGAUUGAUGAACGAUGAUGAUCCGACUUGUCGUAAGCUCUGUGCGAAAUGUAUAAGAGAAAUGCUUACUCGAAUAUCUUCUAAUGAAAGAAAUAAGAUGUUUGAUAUAGUUCUUGGAUGGCUAAGUGAUUCUAAAAUAAAACACCGGGAACUGGCGGCACAAUUAUGCGGUAUAUUUGUGAUUGUUGAAAAAGAUGAAUUUGAUUCACGUCUUGACAAAGUUUUACCGUUAUUAUUGAAGCAGUUCCAUGCAAAUUUCUCAAUUUCUGAGAACACAAACUAUGAAAAAUUCAUAAAAUCAAAUGACUCAAAUUAUUUACCGAAAAAUUCCAAUCUGAAGGAUCCAGAAAGGAUGAAAGAUCAUCACUUGUAUCAAGUGUUACAAUUAUUAUUAAAAAUAUCAGCACAUUGCCCAUCUUUCCUCACCAGUGAACAGUAUAAAGAUUCUAUUAGCUCUUUUGCAGAAUAUAGUCAGUCUUUGCUGGCUCACCCUCAUGUAUGGGUUCGAUUAGCAGCUGCGCAAUUGAUUGGUUUUAUAUUGGCUGCUCUUGAUAUUGAUAAAGUUGUAGAACUUUUAAAUAAUCCAGAGAAUAACACAGUACAAGAGGGUUAUAUGUACUCGAAGCCAGCAAAUACUUUAAGAAGUUUGAUUUUAGACUUAGUGGCACAAUUUUAUCCAGAUAUGACACUUGACGGAUUAGGAGAUCAAGUUGUGAAAAAUCUAAUUUUCAUCGCGAAGAUGUUAACAUCAAUUAACAAAACUAUAGUAAAAAAUGAUGAGCAACAUGAUAAAAGUGAAGUAAAAGAUAGCAAUAAUUUAUCUCUUCCUUGGCUUAUUAGAAGACUAAGAAAAGCUAUUAAUAUAGAAAUAACACAAGCUCCUAAAUCGAUAUCAGUGAGAAUUGCAGUGUUUAAAUUCAUUGCUGGUAUAGUAGCUACAGUUCCUAUGGAGCAUUUAAACGUGAUACUUUUUAACAUCAUGUCUCCUUUAGUACGAGAAAUAGCGACAGAAGAAACAAAUGUCGAAUUACGCCGACUUGGUAAAGAAGUAACUAGUAUGAUUAAAAAAUCUAUAGGGAAUGAAGAAUAUGCCAAAUUACUGAGUCGAGUACAACAAAAACUUGAUAUUAAGAGAGCAGAAAGAAAAAGAAUUCGUGUACAGCAGUUUGUCGUUGAUGUUGAUGCAGCAGCUAAGCGCAAAAUAGCUAGACAGCAAAAGAAAAAGGAGGCAAAAAAAAGAAAAUUAAACAGUAUAAAAAGAAAAGUAGCAGUAAAAAAACGGAAAAAAGAAGUAGAACUUGAUAAUCUGUAAUGCAUAAUUUAUAAAAACUUGUAAAUAAAAUAUUUUAUAAAUUUACAAUAGAUAA